CUCGUACCUCGCAAAAUCCAAUGUAUUGGCAGCAAUCUGCAAAACAAAUUAGUCACUUCCUGCGUUGUUCAUGGUAUUCGACCUCAGUGUCCCGCGUUGUUCACGGGAUAUGAACCUAUCCAUCAAUAACCAGCAGAAAAGUCUGCAAAGCCACUUGUGACUUCUGGCAUCGUUUUAACUCUCCUACUUGCAUACAAACGAGGUUUAUUCGGUUGGGUCUACCUCGCUCAACAAUUUGGGUUAGUCCAAUCAAGCUUAAAGAUAUCCAAAUCGCAAUACCGUAUCAUGAUGGUCGUCUGCGUGGUAAUGCAUUAUUGCUAUCUACAUCACUGGUAUACAGGAAUAGCGAACAAGUCAACCUUAGCAAGUAUUGGUUUUGAUUCAUUCGGUCUUACUCGCAAGUAGCUAACGGUAAUGGGCUCGACUGAUCUUGAUUUAUUCUACCACUGUUGGGCCGUUCUUAAGAAUACUCUCUUGAGGACUGUAGACCUGCGUCCCCUGUAUCAAGACACUCCCCCAUCGCUGAAUCAUCGUUAUCUCGCAAUGCCUGUUCCGUUGGUACGUCAUUCUGAAGUCGACGUUCAAAUUAUUGGUGCUGGCCCUGCUGGGCUCAUGUGCGCGAAUGCCUUGGCAUGUGCUAGAGUCAAUGUCCGGAUCGUCGAUCAAAGGGCCUUCAAAGUAACUACUGGUUAUGGUGAUGGAGAUUUCACCUCGCACUAUUGAAAUUUUGGAGAGUUAUGGACUUGCAGAGCGC